AUGGGAGACAAGCCUUUUUAUAUAGGAGAAUCCCUUAUGUACUCACCUGUACUUUUAGCAGAAACCGCUAGUCAAGCAAUAGGGGCUGUUGCAAGAAUUAUGCAAAUGAGCACAGCUAUAUCUUUAUCGGUAGAAAUCAUACAAAAUGAUCAGAAUUUGCAGAUCUCUUGUAUCACAAUUCAUGCAUGAAAUGGACCUGUAUAUAUUUUUGACUUGCUAUCUGGAGGUGUUGCUAUGGUAAAUGGGCCUAGAGGGCUAAGAGCUUUAUUAGAAUGCCCAACAAUAAUGAAGAUCGUUUUUAAUUGCCAAGAUAUUGCACAAUGGCUUUGAAAAUCUUUUAAAAUCAGGCUUGGCUUUGCUGCUGAUGCUGCCAUUGCGUAUAAAAUGUUUGAAAAUAUUGAAGAUUCAGAGAAACUCAAUGCUAAUGAAUUUUCCAAAAAAAUUGAGAAUACGGAAAUCCCAUUUUGGGAAAAUAUAAAAGAAGAAAUAACUGUAAAAAAUAAUAAAGAUUUUUGGAAACAAAGACCAUUAUUAUAUCAUAUGCAUUCUUAUUUAUCAGGAUAUGUGAUACUUCUUAUCAAGGGCUGGGAUGAUGUAAGAGGCUAUUUAAAUGAUGAACAAGUAUAUCAAAUUUUUCAAAAUACCCAACAGAUGUUAGCAAAAAUAUACCCAGCUUUGAAAAAUGAAGGCUAUGAGAGGACUGAAAACUACUCGAAAUUUGAAUUUAAAUCAAAUUUGAAUAAUUUUACUUUGGAUAGAAUCAGUGUAGAGUAUGUACUGAAUAAAAUUCUAAAUCAGCCAGGGACUGAGCCUUUGAAGUAA